UGACAACGUCCACUGCUAUGAGGUUCAACCUUGUUUAUUGGUACGGAGAAUUUCUGCAAUAUUCCCGCACGCCUUGGGAGGAACGAAGCAUUGGACUUGUCAAGGCAUUGACAGCAGCAUAUUCGAGUUACUGUUUGCAUAAACGAGCUCUCCCCGAAGCCUUGGUGAAAUACUCGGCCGUGCUCCGCACGCUCCGAUUUUAUUUGGACGACCCUGUCAAAGCCUGCUCAUCAGAGACACUAUGUGCAGUGAUGCUGCUGCUGAUAUGCCAGGGUUUUCAUGGCAUGACUGAUAUGGGCUGGACUGGUCACUGCGAGGGUGCACCACAAAUACUGAAGAAGGCACGAAGAUAUUAUGACCCCCAAUGAUGAGUUUGAAUCCAAACUGCAUCUCUCCCACGAACGCCAGUGGACUUUUCAAUCCCAGAAUUCAGUUUACUCCCUCGGAAUGGAAGACUCUCGUCGACAACCAUAUUGAUGAAGGCAGCUUUCCAGGAAAGAUGAUGCGUUAUGUCUCGCAAGUCACGGCUAUGAUUCGGCACGGUAACUUCUUCGAAGGGCCUUCGCGUCGGUGGGAGUAUCUGGUAUCUAUGAUACCCACCGACAAAGAUAUUACGCGGUUAGCGUUUGAUGCGCAGACUUAUUAUCUCGUCCAGCGAUUAUACACUUUUGCCCUUACCGUUGGUACCAUCCUCGGCUGCGUCCUCGGCGCUCUCGACACCGAAGACACAGAGCUCAUAUCUGAUUUGAAUUCAUUUUCAAGCGGAAUUAUGGCUCUCGCAAGGACGGGAAGAGAUUCAAACCUCUUGGAGCUAGCCGAGGCGGAGAAGGAAAUGGUUGAAUACGUGGGAGACUUCGGAGGGGGAUAUACUAAGGAGCGGUUGGCCGGAGCUUGA